AUGGGCAAAAGGACAUUGCAAGAUAUCCAAAAGGAGGCUGAAGAGUCAACCCUAUACCUAGGGAGUGACGAGGACUCCUCAAAUCUCAAAAAUGUUUCGUAUCCUCCAAGAAGUGGUAAAAUAUCUAUUAGAGACCCUUCUGAUGUUGCGCCUUGGGUACACUUCGUGGCUGGCGGUGCAGGUGGGAUGGCAGGCGCUAUCGUUACAUGCCCGUUUGAUGUGGUUAAAACGAGACUUCAAAGUGAUGUUUUUCAAACCGCUUACAAGUCCAAAACUGUUAGCGGCUCUGGCCAUUCCAACUUCGUGAGCAGCGGAAUCAGGCAUUUUAGUGAAACCUUUGCCAUUUUAUCCAAUGUCCAUAAGCAGGAGGGGUUCAGAAGUCUCUUCAAGGGUUUAGGUCCGAACUUGGUCGGCGUUAUCCCUGCUAGAAGCAUUAAUUUCUUCACAUACGGCACCAGUAAACAGGUUUACUCUAGAGCCUUCAACAACGGAGAAGAAGCCCCGUGGAUCCACCUUAUUUCUGCUGCAACUGCGGGAUGGGCGACUUCUACGGCGACGAAUCCUAUUUGGCUCGUCAAGACAAGACUACAGCUUGACAAGGCCGGGAAAACUAGACAGUAUAAGAGCUCUUGGGAUUGCCUGAGGCAUAUUAUACAAAAUGAAGGAUUCUUUGGUCUGUAUAAAGGUCUUAGUGCAUCCUAUCUGGGAUCCAUAGAGGGAAUCAUUCAGUGGCUACUCUAUGAACAAAUGAGACAUGUCAUCAAAAUGCGAUCUAUAGAGAAGUUCGGCCAUAUUAGCGAGGGCGAGAAGAAAACUUCGGACAAGAUCAAAGAGUGGUGUCAAAGGUCUGGGAGUGCUGGCCUUGCGAAAUUCAUGGCCAGUAUAGUAACGUAUCCUCACGAAGUUGUCAGAACAAGACUAAGGCAAGCACCUUUGGAAAAUGGAAAAUUGAAAUACACGGGUUUGAUACAAUCUUUCCGCAUCAUUAUAAAAGAGGAAGGCCUGGUCUCCAUGUAUGGGGGUUUGACUCCUCACCUCUUAAGGACAGUGCCCAACAGCAUAAUAAUGUUCGGGACUUGGGAGCUAGUUUUGAAACUUCUUUCAUGA